UUGGCAGGUGCUUAUAAGAUCUUAAUUGACUCUGAGAUGAAUUAUCUGGCACUGAGCCUUCUGCUGUUCCUGCAGUUAUUUUCUUUGAUCGAUGGCCAGAACAGCCUCCAGCGCAUCAUCGGGGGUUACAUAGUGGCGCCACAUUCCUCCAAGUACCUGGUGUCCUUGAAGAGGAAGACAGGCUUCCAUUUCUGUGGUGGGUCGCUGGUCAGCCGAAGCUGGGUCCUGACAGCUGCUCACUGCAAAACUGAAAUUAACCAGAUGAUGAUUGUAGCUGGGGAAUAUUCUCUCUCCACUUUUGAAGGCACAGAGCAGAUCUUCCGGCCCUCUCGUAUGGUGGUUCACCCGGACUACAGCUCCGCUUCCAAAAAUGCAGACAUCAUGCUGAUUAAGCAAGGAGCGGUCAUGAGGGAGUGCCGCUUCUGCCAAGUCUCUGGCUGGGGUUACACCACUCCCAUGGGCGGGGCGACUUCAGACACCCUACGCAGCGUGCGUCUGCCUAUCAUCUCCUCUGGGAAGUGUAACAGCACGGCCUCCUAUGCGGGAUACAUCACCAAGAACAUGAUCUGUGCCGGGUUCAACACAGGGGGCAAAGAUGCCUGCCAGGGGGACUCUGGUGGGCCACUGGUGUGCGAGGGGCGAGUGUUCGGGAUUGUGUCCUGGGGGAACAGCUGUGCUAGUCCCAGGUACCCAGGUGUUUACACGGCAGUAGCCAACUUUCAGAAAUGGAUUUACAAAACCAUCUUUAGGCGUGAAUAGCGGCCGCUCUGCGUCCCCUCAACGUGCACCU